AUGGAAGCAAAGAAAACAUCGGGUACCCAUGAGUCAAAGACCAUAGGACCAUUCUUGUUAACUGGGUUAUCGCGACCCACACCGCAGGUCUAUGAUCGAGAACCAUAUUGCCAAACUGGGGUUCGAGGCCUCCUUCAUGAUCCGCAUGUUGUCUUGUGCACUGCAUGUGCUACGCUAGGCGGCUUUCUUUUUGGAUACGACCAAGGUGUGAUAUCAGUAACCUUGGUUAUGCCGCAAUUUAUCGAUAAGUUUCCUCGGAUUGCCUUGACUGCAUCUGGAGCCGGCUUCUGGAAGGGGUUCUUGACGGCAAUGAUCGAGCUAGGAGCUUUUUUGGGCGCGUUGAACCAAGGAUGGAUUGCGGAUCGGAUCUCACGUAGACAUUCGAUUGUUCUGGCCGUUUUCAUCUUCACGCUCGGCUCGAUUCUGCAAACAGCAGCAGCAAACUAUGCAAUGCUGACUGUCGCAAGACUGAUCGGGGGUAUUGGGAUCGGGAUGCUGAGUAUGGUGGUUCCACUAUACAUCUCAGAGAUUAGUCCACCGGAAAUCCGCGGCGCGUUGCUCGUGAUGGAGGAGCUGUCGAUUGUCUUGGGGAUUGUGAUUGCUUACUGGAUCACAUACGGGACGAGGUCGAUCACUGGUCACUGGGCCUGGCGACUCCCGUUCUUCCUGCAAAUGUUUCCAGCCUUUGUUCUCCUGAUCGGCGUCACCGCACUUCCGUUCUCGCCGCGCUGGCUGGUUUCGAAAAACAGACAUGCGGAGGCUCUCGAGAACCUGGCCAGGCUUCGCUCUCUCCAUUGGACCGACAAACGGGUGCGUCACGAGUUCUUCGAGAUUGUGGCCGAGCACCGCUUCGAACGAGAACUGCGUGCACAGCGGCAUCCGCAGCUACAGAAUGGUGGUCGCUGGAAUGGGAUUAUGCUGGAGAUUCAUUCUUGGAUAGAUUGUUUCAGAAGCGGAUAUAGGAAGCGGACUUGGGUUGGAAUAGGCUUGAUGUUUUUCCAGCAGUUUGUUGGCAUCAACGCUUUGAUAUACUAUUCGCCGACCCUGUUUGCCAGCAUGGGCGUAGACUACGAUAUGCAAUUAGCACUGUCUGGAGUUCUGAACAUCACGCAGCUCGUCGGGGUGUCUACUAGUGUGUGGACGAUGGAUAAAUUCGGGCGGCGAGCGCUGUUAAUGACGGGCUCGGCCUUAAUGGCAAUCUCUCACAUCAUCAUCGCCGUUUUGGUCGGAUUAUACGACAAAGACUGGCCGAGUCAUCGGGGACCGGGCUGGACAAGCGUGGCGUUUUUGUUCGUGUACAUGUUCUUUUUUGGUGCAUCAUGGGGUCCUGUCGCUUGGGCGGUGCCGUCUGAAAUAUUCCCGUUUGUGCUGCGAGCUAAAGGGGUUGCGUUGUCGACGUGCUCGAAUUGGCUUAAUAACUUUAUCAUUGGGUUGAUCACACCACCUCUAGUGCAAAACACCGGGUUCGGCGCUUAUGUCUUCUUCGCGGUCUUCUGUGUUCUGUCGGGCAUAUGGACAGUCCUAUUCGUGCCGGAGACGAAGGGAAGGACACUGGAGGAUAUGGAUGUCUUGUUCAAGGACAACGUGGCGGCUGCAGCACAAGAGCGAAAACGAGCGAUUGAAGCGGAGUUGCGUCGGGAGGACACCGUCGGCGACUGGUAG